AUGGCUCCUUUGAUAAGGAAACGACGUAUUGUUAUAAUAUUCGCAUGUAUGCUGAGCCUUCUUGUGUUGGUAUUCCUUUACCCGACAAAACAGUCUCCUUCUGUCAAGACAUUCACAUACCUGCCUCAAACUAGGUUCGUGGACAACAGGAAGACUGGGCAAAAUGAUAUACUGUAUGAGUACCGCAUCUUUGUGUUUACAUAUGCAAGGCCAGAAGGACUUCGCGUGACGCUGUCAUCUAUACUGAACUCAGACUACUCCAAGGCUCGUGGCAGCACAAUUGACCUGGAGGUGUUUGUGGACUAUAGGCGUGACGAUGGGGAGUCCAUAAAGAAUAAGCAGGCUGAAAUCCUUGAUAUUCUCAGGGGCGUUUCAUGGCCGUAUGGUCGGUACAGAAUACAUCAGCGGUACACCAACAUUGGUCUCCGAUACUCAAUCAUGGAGGCGUGGCAGCCAGUGAGCGACCGCGAGGUGGCUGCUUUCUUCGAGGACGAUGUGGAGGUGUCUCCGUACUGGUUUUCCUGGGUGGCCGAUGCGCUCGUCCGCUACGCCCCGAUCGGUGCAAAUCAUGCGAUAGAGGUGGACCCCCGGUUUAUUGGUUUCUCUUUAUUUCGCCCACCCUACUGUCAACUCUCAUCACGGUACGUCACAGUCAACAACGGUUACGCACCAUUCUUGUUGCAGCAGCCCAGUAGCUGGGGAGCGGUGUACUUCCCCAAACCUUGGAGAGAGUUCCGAGAGUUCUUUGAUGAAACAAAGGACUUGGACAUUCAGGUGAAGAUGGGUCGUGGUCAGCGUGAUCCGUUGAGCAACAAGUGGGAUUAUCUCACCUCGUGGAAGAAGUACCUGAUAUACUACAUGCANUAUUGUUAUAAUAUUCGCAUGUAUGCUGAGCCUUCUUGUGUUGGUAUUCCUUUACCCGACGGAACAGUCUCCUUCUGUCAAGACAUUCACAUACCCGCCUCAAACUAG